ACCCCUCCUUUAUAGUGUCUAUAUCUCCUGCCUUGCAGCUUUUGCAGUGAGCUACCAUGAUGGGCUUCUUCCAGGACACCGGCGUCGGUGGUGGUGGCAGCCGGGCAGCCAGGUUUCUCCAGUACCAGAGGCUGGAGUGCUGGGACGAUGGCGCCGCCGCUCCCAGUCCCAGGUCCCGGUGGCGGUGGCUGCCGGCGCUGAAUGGUAAGACGGCUUCCCCCUGUUUGUUCAGUGUCAAGAGGCUGAAGUGGAGCAAGAUCACCUCGGUUCUGAUACCAAGGAAGGUUGCUGAGUUCUCUGCGAAGAUCCGACACGCCAGCGCCAGGACAGAGGUCGACGUCUGCCCUACCGUCGUCUUCAUGUCGCCAUGGGGGCUCCCUGUGCUCUCCCGGCCGCUCUUGGUCGGCCACAAGAGCAGGUAUCACCAUGGAAAGGACACCUUCUGAUGAGCAGGUAGUAGUACCCAAUCUGUAUUCAUGGCGAUGGUGUUGAUAUAUGUGUGUGUAUGAUAUGUGUGGCGAGCUGGUUGAUCUUGUAGGCUGUGUAUUAAUCCUCAUUUUGAUUUCUGCAAUGCCUGUGUCGUCGUGCUGCUGCCUCCAUCUGAGCUUUAGAUCCGUGUGACUGUGAUGCCACGCUUCACUCCCUCCAGCAGAGGUCUCAUUCUGCA